AAUUACAUUUUGUCUUCAAGGAAUUACAGUUACCACGAUGGCCACAUUGAAUCUGACAAGUUUCAAUCCAGGUUCUUUCAUUUUGGUGGGGAUCCCAGGGCUGGAGCAAUUCCACAUCUGGAUUGGGAUUCCUUUCUUCACUAUCUAUCUGGUGGCCCUUGCUGGUAAUGGCAUCCUUCUUUACCUCAUCACUGUGGACCACAGCCUCCACGAACCCAUGUUCUUCUUUCUCUCCAUGUUGGCCUCUGCAGACCUCGUAUUGUGCACCACGUGUGUCCCCAAAACACUUGGCAUAUUCUGGUUGAAAGCUCAGAAAAUCACUUUUCCUGGUUGCCUUACCCAGUUGUUCUUUCUUCACUUCAGCUUUUUUCUGGACUCCGCCAUUUUGUUGGGCAUGGCAUUUGACCGUUACAUGGCCAUUUGCUGCCCUUUGAGAUACACAAGUGUUUUGACACCAAGGACAAUUGUCAAGAUCAUGGUGGGCAUUGUGGGUCGGAGCUUUGGUGUCAUUUUGCCUGUUGUUUUCCUGGUGAAGCGUUUGCCCUUCUGCAAGUCACGUAUCAUCCCUCACACAUACUGUGAACAUAUAGGGGUUGCCCGACUCGCCUGUGCUGACAUCUCCAUCAACAUCUGGUAUGGUUUUGCUGUGCCUGUGAUGACUAUUAUCUCAGACCUGGUCCUCAUUGGUAUUUCCUAUGCUCUCAUCCUUCAUGCUGUUUUCCAUCUUCCAUCAAGAGAUGCCCGCCAGAAAGCCCUCAGCACCUGCGGUUCCCAUGUCUGUGUCAUUCUCAUAUUCUACACACCAGCCAUGUUCUCUGUCCUCACUCAUCGCUUCGGACACAAUAUCUCUCGCACCUUUCACAUCAUGUUUGCCAACCUCUAUGUGGCAAUCCCUCCUGCACUCAAUCCCAUCAUUUAUGGUGUAAAAACCAAGCAGAUCAGGGACAAGGUCAUCCUCCUACUCUUUCCUAAAGGGAUGAAGUGACUCUGGGCUGAGAACAUGGAGAGAAAAAAUUAUGAAAAGUCAAGUAAUCGUAUUGAUUUAAUAGAAUCUCUUAUGUAAAUCA